UUCUUGGUCACGAACACCAACUCGACCCUACGACCCCCCCAACAACCACUGGAGCUCAACUCCCCUCGAAAGCCAUUCCACGGAAGAUAAUCUACACGUGGAUGCGAGUUCGGGCAAACCGAUCUUGAGGGGGGAAAUUCUCGAAAUGGCUUCGGCAUUGGUUCAUACGCCUCCGGCGUCGUCAGCCGCUGGUCCCGACAACAGGAGAGGGGCAGCCCCGUCAACAAACUCCAAUUCCAGGCACAUGCGAUUAAAAGUCUCGUACAGUUUUGACGAGGAUAAAAACAACUGCCUCGCGCGCUGGCCAACGCUCAUCACCUCGCCCGUGGUACAGGUCGACCGCGACUUGCAGGUCGGCGCUGUCGAGUUCAAGACUUGCAUUCUGAGCAUCAUUGCGGGAAGUCCUGAACUUGUUGCACGACUUGGUCCAGAUUAUUCCAUCUACGCCUAUGAUUACUCGGAACCGGACAUCCCGCUGGUUGGCUGCGGUAUGCUGUCGUGGGCGAUGCUCAAUACGGAGAGCUCGGCGACUCGCAUGAUGGUUACCGGUCGCGUCAACUCGAAUACGUUUGUGUUCUUGGGGAACAACAACGAUGUGAGGGAGACUUUGGAGGUCAAGAUCAAGUUGCAGAAGGUGGAUACAUUUACGCAGGAGCAGUUCGUCAACUCGGUUCACGCAUACCAGGCGCUGUCGAGGACAUUGGAUGGGGGGUUCGACGCUGCGAGAUGGUCCAGUUUUCUAAACGACAACCCGCGAGUGCUUACGACUGCUCUGCCUCUUCCCUCCCUCCCUCCUCCACCGCCUCCUCCCUCUCCAUUGGUACGGCCUAGUGCUACGGCACAUGGUCCUCCUCCGCUGGCCAUCUCGGAACCACCACGAAUGGCCAAUACACAGGAAUGGAAGGAAAGCGGUGUAUCGUCUUCGGAGGAUAUAGUGGAACCACCAAAGAAGAGGCGAAGGAUGCCCGCAAAACCCCAUGGUCCAAAGAAGAAGGCACCUGUGGUGAAUUCCGAACCUGACAUUCCAGCUGCCACUCCCUCUGCGGAUCUUGGCCAAAUGUCAGAUGUGCCGCUUCCGCCUCCACGCAAGACUGCAAAGGCUCCUAAGCGCCAACCGGCACUGCCCCCUCCACCUCCUCCGCUCCGCCUUUCGCGAAGCAGAGAGUCGUCGAUUGUGUCACAGCCAAGCAUAUCCAGGCAGUCGACAGUAGAGAGUACUCCAGGAGCUAUAUCCGAAAUCACACCGUCACCCCGGCCCACCGGUCCAAUGGCAUCGUCUCCACCAGGACAACUGGAUAUUGUCGACGCUACAACUAUUCCGUCGCCUGCUCCAACAAGCCCGGUGUUGCCGUUCCUCCCACCACCCCAGACAAGUCAGCCAGCAAGUAGGAGACUGGAGACAUUGUUUGAGGAGCCCGAACCCCCGAGAGUUAAGGAGGAGGAACCACAGUCGGACUGUGUGCCUCAACUACCGCAGCUACCCCUGACUGGUUUGCUCCUACCUGCGCUGCCCCCGCCCCCGCCCCCACUCCCACAACGGGAGGCGAUUAAUCCACCUGCACCAACUGAGGAUAUAAGUGGCUCGGCUGCGCUGUCUCACGAGUCUUCACAGUUGGCUAAGGUGUCCGCGAAACCCAAAAAGAAGUCGAAAAAGAAGGAUCCACUUACUUCUGACGCGGUGGUGCCGUCGAGUGAGAUUGGGGAUGACAGUGCGGUAGGAGGGAAACGGGGGAGACAGACUGUGGCUAAACCAUCGAGGACUGCUGCACACGUCAAGGCACGGAUAGAGAUGCAGCUGAUCGAGUCCGUUCAGCGUGGUGAGAUGCCUAGUUACUGCCAGAACUGUGGUGCCAUCGAGACAGCAGUGUGGAGAAAAGUAGCUCCACCGGCCGAUACUCCAGAUGAGACCGAAAAGGCUGGUCAGAUCCGCCGGGAGAAGGAGAUCUUGCUCUGUAAUGCUUGUGGGCUUUGGUUCAUGUCCCACAAGACCAUGCGUCCACAGUCGCUCUGGGAGUCAAAUGAUCCUUACGAGAAGCUCGAAAAGCCAGAGAAGGGUGCGAAGGGUGCGAACCCGCGGAAGCGGAAAAAGUCAGCCACUGCACCUACUCCCCCGUCAUCGAACCUGCAAAUUGCGUCCGAAGCGUGCACAGAGCCGAUUGUGCUUGCGGAUGACGAGGAUGAAGAAACGCCCCGGGCUGUACCGACUUCGACCAGGAGAAUAGCAAUGUCUCCGAGCGCAAACCGCUCCGGCAGUAACUCGGAGUGGAAAGCGGUAAUCGAUGAAAACCGUAGAGCGGCAUGCUCGAGCCCUCUCGUCACUGGCAGCGCAGAUAGUCCCAUCGACCUAGACGCUGUAGUGGAUGGCAUGCCAUCACCCAAACGCACACUUUUUCCUGAAGCCCGCAAAAGUAGUCCAGAGAAACCAGUUGGCCUACCAAUGACCAAACGCGCACCUGGAAAGGAGAACCUUUCGCCAGAGGAAGAAGAAGACUCAAGUCAGGAAACAACAUCUACCGUGCCUGGACCCACCACACCCAUCCGGCGUGCUACUGGUUACCAACUACGAACACCUAUGCGCUCCGCUACACGGUCCAUGCAACAAAGCAGUCCAUCGAAACGCAUCCCCCGCCCCCCAGAAACUCCCAGCCGCCGCCUCCUCAAAUCUCCAGAAAACCGCCGAGUUCUCUCACCAGUCGCGGGACUCCUGGAAAAGCUUCUUGCCGAAGAGGCCAGUGUUCUCGCCGACAUCGACGAGAUCACCGCCUUCAAUGCCGGUGACAUGACGUUCGAUCUCGACGACCCGGACUUCCUAAACACGGACUACACAAUGCCUUCCUCUCCGCUCCCUAGCUCCCCACCAACGGGCUUUGCAAUGUAUUCAACCGAGGACUGGGACGAUUUCCUUCCUAGCACGCCAAACGGCAGCAUCGCCUUUGACGGACCCGUGGAUUCGGGCGAAAAGAUAACCGUGGACCUCAGCGCGUUUAUCGAGGAGCACUCGGGUGGCAUCGUGAUUCCUCCCCUUGCUCCUAUCACCACCACCACUACUAUGGAUGCGGAGUAAACCCAACUCAAGCUUCUACCGUAGAGUCUGGCGGUGUCUUUUUUCUUUUCUUUUGGUGUGUGGGUGGGUGGGGGGAUAUCUUUUUUAGGGCAUCUCAUGUCUGUUUUGUUUUGCU